UCCUCAGUAUCGACAAACAUUUCACAAUUUUGAUAUUCAAAGCGAGGCUUGAAAUAAGCUGAAGUUAGUCCUGAUUGCAGAAUCGAGUCGUCCCGUGUCGUGUCAGUACAAAACUCAGAAGUGGAGUAGCGGGCGGGCGGGGAGAAAGCCCACAAUGAAGUUCGUCAUGUCAUUUUCCCUGUCGAAGAUAACUUCUCGAUAGAUCGUCUGGAUGCGAAGUAUGUUUACAAAUAUAACACAAAGGUGUUUGCAUUCUUCAAUACGAUCUCCCCUCGACAUCAACUCGAGCGCGUGUUAAAAUAGACGUGCGAGAGUGCGGCUUCAUUCACGGUGUCACAGCAGCCAAUUUUUGCAGCCGUAAUCCGUUCGCAUAUUACGCGUUUAUAUAGUGAAAACUUAUUUUCACAUCGUCUACCAGCAGCACGCUAAGAAUGAAAAUGUUGCUUUGAAACGAAGCAUUCGUUUUAAAUAAGUCUUCUUUAUCGUUUUCCAAUUUACCAACAAGUGCCAAAACUCUUUGCCACUAAUUUUGCGUUAAGGACAACGUCAACUGUCAUUCAUGCAAUCCUAAAAUCGUAAACAUGAACAUAGACGACGACAUUGAAGCUUCCCCUGAGUCCAACGUAGCUGGCCCUCGAGAUCUCGGACUUGUUGCAGUCCAUCGAGGAGUAGAUCCUUCAACUGGAAACGAAGAUGUAGAAGAAUAUCAUGUCAUUGAAGAUGAAGAAGAGCAGGAUGAAUCACAAAUUGAUAAUGAUGUAAAUAUCAAUGAAAACAUAGAGACCAGUAGUGCACCUGAUAGUCCUGAAUCAUCUGCAAUUCAUGAAUUUGACAUGACCCUACCUUCUUCUCAUUCUUAUUUAGGAAGUAAUUUACAAGAGUUAAGAGGACGUACUCUACUAGAUGAAGGGAUAUAUAUGAACCUCCCAUUACUUAUUAGAGAAUCUGUCGUCCUUUUUCCUGGCCAAAUUUUACCUUUGGCUAAAUUUGGACGAAGUGUUGUGGAGAUGCUCUUGAAAUGUAUCAGCGACAAUCGAACAUUUGGUGUGCUUUGCUAUCGAGAUGAUAAGUUGCAAACCAUAGGUACUACUGCUGAAAUAUAUCAGUAUAAUGAAGAAAAUUCUCCAGAAGGAUUUUGUAUAAAAGCUAUUGGAAGACAGAAAUUUGAAGUCUUAAGAAUCAUACAUGGUUUUCAAAAAGUUUCAGCAAAUGUUAAAAUUCUACCAGAAAUUGUUUUGCCAUCGCCAUUUGCUGAUUAUAGAUCUUUUUCUUUGGAUUUUCAAAGAGGUCAAUUCGACAAAAUAAAUAAUCAUAAAAAAGAAAAGAUUGAGAAAGUAGAAGCAAUGUUAACUCAUUGGCCUUCUUGGGUUUACAAACAGUUUGAUCCUCAAUCAUUAGCAAGUCAUAUAAAACAUCAUUUAACUCAUAUUGAAACAAGAGGAAGUCAUGCACCGGAUGAUCCAAUUGAAUUAUCAUAUUGGGUAGCUCAGAACUUGCCCCUUACCGAUGAUGAGAGGGUACUGCUUUUAAAAUUUGAUUGCGCCAUUUCAAGACUACAAUGGGAAUUGAAAUAUUUGACAAAAGACCGUUAUUUGGCAUGUUCCAAUUGUGGAAUACAAAUUGGAAAACAAUCAGAUGUAUUUCCAAUGAGUAAAGAAGGCCCACAGAAUACAUUUUGUAACUCUGGAGGAUUUGUACAUGAUACCAUUACUCUCUAUGAUGUUAGUAAUAUAAUUCUUAGUGGAGAACAGCCUUCAACAGAAUAUUCUUGGUUUCCUGGAUAUGCAUGGACCAUAGCUUAUUGCGAACGAUGCAAUGAUCACAAAGGAUGGUGUUUUGAAGCACAUAAUGAUAAAAGUUUAAGGCCUCAGUCAUUCUGGGGCUUAACGCGUAGAGGAUUGAAAUCUAUCAAAGGAGAUCUAAUUGAAGAUCUGUAUGAAUUAGACCCAGGCCUAGUAGUUCCUUCACUUCUUGAUACAUUGUUACGACAUUAAAAAAUAGACUGAAUCAUGAGUGACUAAGUUACAAUUUCUUGAUUUUUUACUUUUUAGGCCAACAUGUUAAGUUUAAUCUAUACUUAGAUAUUGAUAAAUUUUGUAGCAAUCUUAUUAUAUGUAAAAACGAGAUUUAUAUGUAAAAACUGUAUGAUAUAGAUGUUAAAAAAAUUCUCUUUAAUGAAAACAUAUACUGCUUGUGUAUUUGUUACUAAAAUAAUUUUUCAAACUUUUUUUAUAAUAAUUCAUGUAAAUAUAGCAAACAAAAAGUUAUAGGG